AUGGCGUUUCGCCUGUCUAGACAAUUGUUUAAAUCCAUACCAAUUCCACAAUUUACCACAAAUAGACUAGAUAGGAGAAUGAAUGCUGCAGAAUUGGAUCGAUGCUACUAUUACUAUGCAAAUUUGGCAAUCAUUUUUGUAACUUUCCUGCCUAUUGCUUACAUGAAAAAGGUUAAUUACUGGUCAUGUGAAGAGAACCAGAGAUUGUCGUACAUUUUAGACUAUCACAACAGGAGGCGAUUGCAGCCGAACGAUGAAAAUUUGUUUGCAAAAUCUUGA